UAUUCAUUCCAAGCCAACCCUUUAUCCUAACACUGUUGUCUUCUACACCUCUCUCUCUCUGACUUGUUCUUCCUCAAUCUCCGUUUCAGAUUUUUUGCCUUCUCUCAGUUCCUCUUUUUUCUCUUCCUCUCUCACUUUUAAGCCAAAGAAAACGAUUUUAUUAUUCCACUCUGUCACUUUCUUCAUCCAAAAUUUUUAUUUUCCAUCAGCAAUGCCUGCAACAGAUAAUCAAGGUUCAUUUCUGAAUCGAAUCAGUAUCCGUCGAAACCAAGUGGUUUCUAUGGAUGGGAACCAUGAACAAGAGCUGGAGGACCUCGAGCUUUUUCAGAAACAUGUGGCGGAUAGGUUCGCCGAUCUAUUGUCUCAAUCCGAGGACACUUUAGGCGAUGGGCUCCUAUCCAUCUCGUGGCUACGCAAACUCCUCGACGUGUUUCUGUGCUGCGAGGCUGAGUACAAGGCCAUUUUGUUAUUGGGUCGGGACCCUUCUCAGAUUUCGAAGCCCCCACUUGAUAAACUCGUCCCUGAGUUCCACGAUCGAGUGGUGAAAGCUCUCGAUGUUUGUAAUGCUGUGUCUCAUGCUGUCGAGACCGUGAGGAAUUACCAGAAGCUGGCUGAGAUUGCUGUGGCCGCGUUGGAGCAGAGGCCAAUUGGAGAUGGACAGGUUCGUCGAGCGAAGAAGGCUUUGAAUUCUCUGAUGAUAUUGCUCGAAGAAAAAGAGGGCAGCAACCAUAAAUGGACGGAGCGAGCUUGGUCUUUUGGUCGAAGAAGUACAAACGCGACGACAUCGAGUGGCAAAGACCGUGCGACCUCGGCGAGUCAAUUCAGGUCCCUGUCGUGGAGCAUGUCGAGGGGUUGGUCUGCCGCGAAGCAAAUCCAAGCCAUGUCGUCCAAUCUCGUCGCGCCGCGUGGCGGCGAGUCCUCGAGCCCGGCUCUACCGGUUUACAUAAUGAGCACCAUCACGGUGUUUGUGAUGUGGGCUUUGGUGGCAGCGAUACCUUGCCAAGAGAGAAACGGUUUGCUCACUCACUUCCCUGUGUCUAAGCAAUUGGGUUGGGCCCAAUCGAUAAUUGCGUUGCAAGAGAAGAUCGCAGAGGAGUGGAAGAAAAAGAAAGAGAAGAAUCGAUUGGCUGGGCUAUUAGAAGAGACACAAAGGAUAGAGAGGUUGGGAUUGUCUUUGAUCGAAUUUGCUGAUUCGUUUCAGUUUCCUCCAGAUGCUGAUCGAUUGGAUGAAGUGGCGGUUCACGUGGCUGAAUUGGGCGAGACUUGUAAGAAAAUGGAAAAGGGAUUGGUGCCUUUGCAGCAACAAAUCAGAGAGGUGUUCCAUAGGAUUGUGAGGAGCAGGACAGAGGUGCUUGAUUUACUCGAUCAAGGUGGGAAAGUGACUGCAUCCACUAUGUAAAUUCGACACACACUCCUAAUGUCAAAAAAAAAAAAAAAAAACUUUUUUCUUUUUUGAGGUAAUUUUGUUGAUCCCAGGUUCAAUUUGUUCAUGGGUGUGUUUUAAAUUUAUGGUCUUGGCCUGCGAACAGAGAGGAAGAUUUGAACCUAAUAGUGUGGAUCGGUAUAGGAGUCCUUUUUCAAGGAGUAUAUAGCAUUAUAGUUUCAGCCCAGCUGAGGUUGUGAAGAGGUAUUAUUAUGCAUUGCUUAAUGCGAAAUGUACUCUUUUUAGUUUUUGUUUUAA